AAGAAGAACGAAAAGCGUCACUUCCUGUUUUGGUGAAGGCGUAUGGCGCUCAUAUAAACCAGAGGUCUAAACGUUGCACCAAAGACGCACGCGGCAUGUCAAAAAGAAAAGUGACAUUCGAGGGCUGUGGCGAGGGGUUUGACUUGGAAGACGAGCUUCCAAAGAAGAAGAUAUGUGAAGAGGUGACUGGUCCUGGCUCCAGGUUCAAGGGCAAACAUUCUCUCGACAGCGAUGAGGAGGAUGAAGGAGAAGAGGGAGAGGAGUGCAGCAAAUAUAACAUACUGGCGAGCGACGAUGUGGAGGGUCAGGAGGAUGCCACGAUCGACUGCGACGAGGGUGUGCCCAUCACUCCCUUUAACCUGACGGAGGAGAUGCAGGAGGGGCACUUUGACUCCGAGGGAAACUACUUCGUGAAGAAGGAGGAGGAAAUCCGUGACAACUGGCUCGACAACAUUGAUUGGGUGAAAAUCAAAGAGCAACCCGUCAGGCGAAAGAAGGGCCUCGCGGCCAAGAGGAGGAGGAGGGCCGGGGACGAAGACGAGGCGGAGGAGGAGAAGCAGAGGGAGGAGAAGCAGGAGGAGAGCGAGGAGGAGGUGGAGUCGCAGCCUGCAGAGGACCCCUUGGCGAAUUACAGCAAAGAGCAGCUGACGGAAGCCGUCAUCGAGCUGCUGUUGCCGGGGGAGACCGUCGCCGGCGGGCUGAGGCGGCUGGGCGGGCUCGGUCGGAAGAAGGUGAAAGGUCGGGUGGAAGGGAAGGAGGCGGGGCCAGACAGAGACGCCGAGAAGCUGGACCGGCUGACGGCGUUGGCGGACAGACUGGUAGGGAGCGGGGAGUUUGAGAUCUACCAGCAGACUUACGAAAGACUGAGCUUCAGGUUAAAGGCCAUGAGAGGAGGGAAGGGAGGUCAGAGGGGCGAAGCCGUCGAAGAGGAGGACGAGCUGGACAUGUUCGCAGACCAGAUCGACUGCUUGGAUAAAGGGAAGACGCAGGAACAGGAAGAGAUGUCUUCUGAGAUGCUGAGCGAGGAAGUGAUGUGGGAGUACAGGUGGCAGAAUGACGACAAGGCGGAGCUCUACGGACCCUUCAGCAGCCAGCAGAUGCAGGACUGGGUGGAUGAGGGCUACUUCAAAGACGGAGUUUACUGCAGGAAGGUUGGACAAGGAGGUGCACAGUUCUACAGUUCCAAGAGACUGGAUUUCGAUCUCUACAUCUGACACGCUGACUAGAAAACCUAGACCGCUCGAAUCGCAUACAGGCGUGCUCACACACACACACACACACACACACACACACACACACACACACACACUCACACUCACUACAAAAUCACUUACACAGAGUGCUGUGAAAGAAUAUUGUUUGAAAUUUUGUUGUAUGAUACCCUCCUGAUGUUUUUAAAUAAACAGGAAAGUCUCAGA